AUGCGAGAGAGGACGGGGUAUAUCGGAGACGACGAGACUAAAGGCAAAGCAACACUGAAUCAGCAAUCGAGACAAAUCUCCGACAUCCUGCUGACACCAUUUGCCGAAACAAUCCGAUCCAAAUCCUAUGUCAUCUUCUCGAUAUCCAAUCCACUGACGGCCUUCCCCCUCACGGUCCUCUACUACCUCUCCCAACGGAAAUCCGAGUCCGCAAGACCGACUGUUUCUGUUCUGGCGAAGUCACCGACCGAGGGACCGGCAGGGUCUACCCGUGCGGACAGGGAGGUAAAUCUGCACAAGGCAGACAUCGAAACCGUGAACAUCGCGCGUUUAUUCGCAACCUGGCCCAUCGAGGCAUCCAAGCUCUCUCGAAAGGUGUUCCAGGAUUACGUAGAGGGCGGAUCUCAGAUCAUGCAUAUCGGCACGCAUAUGUCAACCCGCGCAACCCCUUGCUUUCAUCCAUCUCGACCGGACAGGCCCAGGAGUUCCCUGUUGUGGACAUCCUGUCUGAGCGGAUUCGGUAAGGGCACCCUUGAGAGUGAAGUGCUGGGAUUCUCUCAUAUUGUCUUGAGCACAGGGUGCCAGGCAUAUAUUGGGCCGUUGUGGAAAUUAUGUGAUUUUGGAUCGAUGCUUCUCAUGACAAUUUUCUAUCGGCAUUUGAAAAAGAGACCUCAUGUAGCUGUGGCCGAGUUGGUGCGGCAAGCGCAGCUGGAUCUUCUUUGUCUUGACUGUGGAGCGGCCGAGGCUCUGCUGGAUGAGAUUGUGAGCAAGUGGAGCUCGAGCUCCGAGGAAGAUGGGUCACAUUGUCCGGCGGAAUUUGUGCUGGAUGUCAAGUUUCUGUUGUUUACGCUGAAGAUGAUUAUGGGACAGCUGGACUGGAGUAGUCCAUUCUACUGGGUGCCGUUCACGCUGGUUGGAUAUGGGGGUUUCAGAGUCCUGCGCGAGCCCCAGGCUCUCUUCCUCUGUCCGAUCUCUUCGUCUCCGUCUUCUGGUCGAUCCGAUCGCGUCUCCGGGGUUGAAACACUCGCUCAGCAACCCGCGGACUCCGCCGAUCCCACGCUCCUUUUCCACCGUUCGCUCGGUCCCUUCAAAACGGCGUCCUCCACGGCUCGAUCCAGGGAGGUUGACCACCGCUCCCGCUUGUCUUCUGCUGUAGGAAUUCCUCGAGGGAAUCCUCCACAUCUUUCUCGUGCGGCCGAGCCCUCGACCUCCCUGUGCGCGAGUGUGGUGCCCAACCUGAACGUGAACCUGGGGAAGGCUUCCGCAGCUGCACUCCGUCGCCCGCCCGCCGUCCGCCUCGCCAACCCCGUCAACCACGUCCCUCGCAUCACCCCCAUCACCCUCCCGCCCUUCGAGUCCAACGAGAGCCUCCCGUUGGGCCCGCAAUCGCCGCUGCUGAGCGUCCCCGAACGCCGCCGAAGUCGCCUGACCCCCUCGCCGUCCAGUCUCCUCGUCGAGCGCAGUCAGGGCGAGACCGACAGCGGCCGCACCAGCAUCGCCCUGCCUCCACGCCACCGGCGCAGUGAGCAGUUGUCCCCGACAUCAAUGGCCGCAGCGUUCGCCGGCAGUGCGGCCCGCGAGGUCGAGAACCUGCGACCUCCCGAGGCCGUUCAUCUGGCGUCCGAUGGCACCCGCCGCGACAACCAGCCGCGACAUGCUCAGUCCCAGACCUCCCUGCGAUCGCAAUCCCAGAUCGCCUCCAUUCCCUCCAACACCGGCCAGGCCCCCGCAGAUGUCGCCGAAGAACUGGCCUGGGGUCCCGCGCACCCCUGCUACCCUCACCUCAACCCCCACGUCCCCAUCGGCUCGCGCGAGUACCUCACCACACGAGUCAUCCGUAUCCGCCGCGACUGGAUGGUGAAGGGCGACUUGGCUCCGACCUUUUCCAAUCUCUACCCCGAGAUCCUGGACCCGUUGCUCUCCGAGCAGGAGUUCCGGAAGGUGAUUGCGACAGUCAACAAUGGCGUUGUCAAGGCAUUCGACCCGUUCAGCCUGCGCAAUUGGUUUGACGGGGCCAUUGGCCUCUUGACUGGCUGGGUUUGGGAUGACAUGAACGCCCCCGGCAUCAAAGGCGAGCUGCAGCAGGUGGAGUCCUGGCUGGAGAAAUGGAACCGCGAAGUCGGGGACAAGGACGGGGUGCACAUCUGGAGUCUGCGCCGGACGGCCUACAUGUCGCUCGAUAUCCAGAUCCCUGAUCCCAAAGUCGGCAUCGUCCCAAGUGAAGGGCCCUCGCUCCCCAAUACCAGGCCCAGUACGGGUGUUGGGAAUUGA